AUGGAGGGCCAUUUCGUCGCCAUGAGCGGCGAGUUCGUGGGAACGGUGCUGUUUCUUUUCUUUGCGUUGGCAGCGACGCAGAUUGCGAAUCAGAUCACGCCGUCAUCGGCGCCGGCGCUGGAUCAAUUGAUGUUUAUCAGUCUGGCGUUCGGGUUCUCGCUCGCUACGACGGCAUGGGUGUUUUAUAGGGUAACCCUCGGCAUGGUAGUAGCAGGAACCCUGCCCCCCGUCCGCGGGGCUUUGCUCUUCCUCCCGCAAAUGCUCGGCGGCAUGGUCGCCGCCGCGCUCGUGAAAUGCAUGUUCCCCGGCGUCAUGAACGUCGCGACUGUGCUUUCGCCCGGCACCUCGAAAGCGCAGGGCCUCUUCAUCGAAGCCUUCCUCACCGCUGAGCUCGAACUCACUAUCCUCUUCCUGGCCGCGGAAAAGACCAAGGCUACGUUUGUCGCUCCUGUCGCUAUCGGGUUGGCACUUUUUGUGGCGGAAUUGGCUGGUGUGUUUUUCACGGGGGGCUCGUUGAAUCCAGCCCGCUCAUUCGGCCCCUGCGUCGCAAACCGCGAUUUCCCGAACUAUCACUGGAUUUACUGGUUAGGCCCCGUGAUGGGCGCGCUCGCGGCUGCUGGAUACUAUCGAUUCGCGAAGUAUUUCGAGUAUGAGGAUGCGAAUCCGGGGCAGGAUGCGUCGAAUGAGCAUGUGGCGGAGCAGGCGAAGAACGCGUAA